AAUAAUUAAAGGAACAAAAACUCUAAAAAAACAUUACCACCCCCUUCUUGGGCAAAUGUUGUGUAUGCGGAGUGUUAGGACUUAGGAAGAAGUGGCUAGCUUCUAGAGGUAUUCCUGAGAAAGAAAUAGUGCCUCUGAUCUAAAGAAUAACCCUAGAAAUGGCGAUGUCUUUUACGAGAUGGUUCGUAGAUCCGAAGAAGAACCCUCUGGCUGCAAUUCAUAAGAAAACUCUCAGUUCUCGACUCCGCAAAUACGGUUUGAGAUACGACGAUUUGUACGAUCCAAUGUACGAUCUGGACAUCAAAGAAGCCAUGAAUCGGCUGCCAAGGGAGAUUGUUGAUGCCCGGAACCAGCGCCUCAAACGCGCCAUGGACCUCUCCAUGAAGCAUCAGUACCUCCCGGAAGAUGUUCAGGCAGCACAAACACCUUUUAGAAGCUAUCUUCAGGAAAUGUUGGCCCUUGUCAAAAGGGAGAGUGCAGAACGUUUGGCUCUUGGGGCUCUACCUCUCUAUCAGCGCACACUCCCUUGAGGCAAUUUUCAUAUUAUUGCCUUUCUGCCAAUGGAUGCCAAUAAUCAAAAUAUAUAUUCUAUGGAAGAAUAAUUGUGGUACAUCUCCAUUUCAAGUGUACUGCCAGAAACUUGGUUUCCUUCUUUCUGUAAAAGAUGUCUAAACAUUUAUUAGCUCACAUUUUCUGGGUUUGCUACCAAAUACAUCAAAAUGUGCAAUGUAUAAGUGUCAGAUUUCUUUUUUUGUUGCUAGUUUUAUACCUUCGCUCCUUUGGACAUGAUUUUUCCAAACCAUGGCAAAUUGAAAUGAAACCCUUCUCUUCUUUUU